AUGAAGAGAACCUAUGAGAGGCGAUUGGUGAAAUCUAGUUACAGCAGAAAGCAGCAGUGUUUUGGAGAUGCCACUUUUGAUGAUGUGCAUGUGAAAUUCACUGAGGAAGAGUGGAAUUUGCUGGAUCCUUCCCAGAAGAGUCUCUACAAAAAUGUGAUGUUGGAAACCUACCUGAACCUCAAAGCUAUAGGCUAUAAUUGGGAAGAGCAUCAUCUUGAAGAACAUUGUCAAAAUAAUAGAAGUCAUGAAAGAACACAUACUGGAGAGAAACCUCAUGAAUGUAAUCAAUGUGGUAAAGCCUUUGCAUGUCACAGUGAUCUCCAAAGACAUCAAAGAACACAUACUGGAGAGAAACCUUAUGAAUGUAAUCAAUGUGGUAAAGCCUUUGCACAGCACAAUGCUCUCCAAAGACAUAAAAGAACACAUACAAGAGAAAAACCUUAUGAAUGUAAUCAAUGUGGUAAAGCCUUUGCACAGCACAGUGAUCUCCAAAGACAUAAAAGAACACAUAAUGGAGAGAAACCUUAUGAGUGCCAUCAAUGUGGUAAAGCCUUUGCACAGCGCAGUCAUCUCCAGUAUCAUAAAAGAACACAUACUGGAGAGAAAACUUAUUAA